AUCAGUAUUCAUGACUUAUCUAUCCUGUAGUCUCUGUCAAGUGAACAAAUACACAGGGUUCAAAGAUUUUUAAAUUCUAGAGUUUUAAAUUUAAAUAAGUACUAUGACUAACGUAUGCUUGUGGAAUUAUAUGCUGUGUUUGGAUUAGGACUUACAUAUAUGGAAAACCUUAGACGUGUUAAGUGGUUGAAAUUACAGUGUUGGAUUCCCAUCUCUUCAUGGAUAUGACUUACCAAAACGUUAUUUUCCGUCUACAUUUUUCAGCGUUGAGCAAAAUUGUUGCGGGACUGCCGUUCUUUGCAACUCUGUUUUGUGUCAUCUGGUCAGUUUUGUUCAAUUUCAAGGAAUCUACUGCCACGCACUGUCGGGUACCCAAUUACCUACCGUCCAUAAGUGCUGCCAUUGGCGGAUAUGUCCCUCAGAGAAAUGUCUGGAGAAUCUGCAUCGCUCUACACGCUUUUCCAAGAUUCUUGAUUGCGUGCGCAUACUUCCAUUACCACAUGCAAUUUUUGGUAGAAAAGUGGAAACGAUGUUACACCAUUUUGGCUGGACUCUGUACUUUACUACACGUCGUGGAAAAUUUUGCAUUAGUUGUCCUUACAUACAUUUCUUCUCUAGAGAAUCGAGAGGUUCAUGAGGAUAUGUUCGUCCUGUUUAUGGUGACUUCUGAAGUCUACAUGCUGUUGACGUGUUUCGUGUAUCGAUGGGGACACUCAAGCAACGGUCGUGUUAUGACACAGAGAGAAACUAAAUCCUACCAUUAUAAAAUUAUCCUAUUUCUCUUCAACAUCUCAGUCUUCAUGCUGGCGGUAUACAUGUAUUUUCGACACAACUGGUACUGUGAGCGUGGAGUAUACACCUGGUUUGCAGCGUGUGAAUAUCUUGUGGUGUGUUCGAAUAUUGCGUUUCACUAUACGGCUAAAGUAGACUUUCACGAUCAAGUUUUGACUCUUGGAGGUGAAUCUCAUCGAACAUCGAAGGCAGCAUAGCAUACUAGUACUUAUUGUCAUAAAAUACAAUUAAAAUGUAAUCUUUUUUUCAUCUUCAUUACAUGUAUAUGUCCUUUAUAUUUCUUUUUAAAAUACAAUUAAAAUGUAAUCUUUUUUCAUCUUUGUUACAUGUAUAAAAUUAUAUCCUUUACA